UAAACGAAUUAAAUUAAAACAGUAUUUACCACUAUUACGCAUGCGCACUACAAAACUGCUUUAAACAACACUUCUGUUCAGCCCCGCCUCAUUUUGCGCCCCUUUAUUCAUGAAGUUGCGUUUCUUCCACACGCGCCUCCUCCCGCCACACACACACACACACACACACACACACUUUUUCUCUCCUCUCCCAGUUAAGCUUUUAUUUUAAUUGGUCUGCUGCUGCUGGGAUGGAAGUCGUUUCCUCACAUUAACGUUAGCAGCAGGACAUACUGGAGCGCAGCUGAACUGAACUUUUCCAGACGGGCGGAGAUCAGACCCACAUGCUCAGCGCUGUGCUGUGCAGUUUGUUCUGCGGUAGUGAAUGAUCGAGUCACUUCGAGCAGACUGAGAAUGGAGCGCUAGUUUCUCGGACAUCCUGCCACUAUGGGAUGUGGACUGAGGAAGCUGGAGGAGCCUGAGGACAGCAGCCCGGGCAAAAUCUAUUCCACCCUGAAACGACCGCAAGUAGAAACUAAAACCGACACCGUGUACGAGUAUGUGCUGCUGGACUUCAGCUUAGAAGGCAGUCGACCCACGGUGCAGUACCUCUCUUCUCUGUGUGAGCUGCCUCAUGCCCUGCAGCCCUACUACACUCAGGGCUAUGUACUGGCUGCCUUCCAUCCCAUCAUCCUCUCUGUGGGCCGCACACGCUCGCUACCUUGCAGUCUGCUCUACCGGGCCAUCCUGACCAGGCAGCGCCCAAGUAAGCAUGCAGUGGCCAUGGUCCACAGUGUGCCAGUACUGAGGGUAGAAGAGUGGCCACUGCUUGGAGAGUCCCUCACCAGCGACACUGUAAAAGCACUUAUAGGCCGGGUAAACAGCAGUGCCCGCGGUGGUUUGCAGUUCGUGGGCUCUCUGCUCCAUCAGGCCGGAGGUGGAAGGUCUAACGGCAGGAUGGCGAGUCCAAGACGAAGUGGCCGUUCCCCACCGCUAACACCACCUGAGGCCAGAGACGUGGAGGAUGGAGGAUACAGCUCAGAUCUGAGUCUGCUGGUGCUGUUUCACUCCUGGGCUCCAGGUUGUGCGCCGCUGGACACACAAGCCUUCUGCUACCACCAGGGGGCACUGUCCAUGCGCGUGUCCAGGAAAGGCCAAGUCGUUAGUGCCCUGGAGGCUGACUGGCUCGAGCUGACGGCUGCCUACUAUCGCAAGGGCUGGUCUUUAGUGGACUCGUUCGUAUACUGGGACACACCUACAGGUGAGCCGGUACCCAGGUCAUUAGAGGGGCUGUUUGUGUAUGAGGAGAGACACCCUGCACCUCCUGCUAAUGACACCAUCGUUGUCGAGCAGUGGACUGUUAUUGAGGACUCAAAUGUAAAGACAGAUUACGGGCCGCUCCUACACACCCUGGCUGAGUUUGGUUGGUUACUGACCUGUGUGCUUCCCACACCCAUUAUUCGUCAUGACAGUGAUGGAAAUCUUGCCACCAAACAAGUGGUGUUUCUGCAGCGACCUGUUAAAUCCCAAUCCUUGACACAACGACACAACAGUCAGGCUAGCUGUAGCCGCAGAGAGACGGUCAAUCACUCGUUGAGCCGAGGGGUGGCAGCAUCUCACACAGAGGAGCUUUCCUCCACUUCAGGAGGCACUGGGGUUUUUCCUAUGUUUGGUGGGGGCUAUCCUAGUGCCCUGUCCCAUUUGGAAGAGGGAGGCUUCGAGCAGGAUGAUGGAGCAGCUGAGGUCACCUGUAUAUGACCAACCUGAAAUCAGGCUUUUCAAACCAGAGGAAUCCUUUUUAUAUGCUUUUAACUUAAGCUUUUUUACAUUUAUCCCAAUCCAUGUGUACUGGAGGCAAACACUGAGCACUUUUAUCAUUUUAUGAAGCCAUAUGUUUUUUACAGAGAGACUUUAUACCGUUUAUAUGACUAAAUCACACGCUGUCAGGGUUGGGCAGUUAACGGAAUGCAAGAAUCAGGAAUACGUAUUCAGAUGUUGAAAAAUCUACAUUUAAAUAAAUCAUAAUAAUAAUCAAUAAUAACUCACAAGCACACAUCACUUUAUAGAGUUGCUUUUUUCUAUACACAGCUGCAAAACUAGGUUGCCUCCAAACUGUGGCUGUCCUCAAGACCCCCCUCCCCCUGAAUCCCUUCAGCCCACCCUCCCUCAGACACAGCCAGAGCUGAGACUUGAACUUGAGAGCUUGGGAUCUCUGAAGUGGUAGGCUGGCAUGUUAGGCCGCUCCCUCUAUAGACCCGAGCGCCCUUCAUUUGCACUCUAAAAUAUUCCACAUACGUUUCCUGUUUUGUAUGUACUUUAAUGAAAUAUUUACUGACACAAUUUACCACAAGACUGUUUUCAUCAAAAGUUUGUUCCAGUAUUCUGCCCAACCCACACAUCAAUCACAACCCAUCUGAUCACGAUCAUCACAAAGCCCUUUUAAGGUGCAAGUUUGUGUACACUUCACAUGUUUUGGGUUUUUCUGCUCACACUUGCUUAUUUUUAGUUACGUUUUCCUGUUUUUCUUCUUUCUUUUUUCCACACAAGUCAGCAUCUCACUUCCUCCUGACACCUGCAAUGACUCAAACCUGACUCAAGGCUCCUCCACCACCACUGCAGGAUGUAAAUAUUUUUUUUGUGAAUUUUGGACACGCAUUUUGGUACUAAGGACACCCGGAGCACUGCAGUCAGAACAAGAACUCCAUCCCCUUUUAAAUGCUCCCCCCUUUUUUUACAGGGAGAUUCUGAGAGAUUGUAAAUGUGUUUGGAGGGUGUACGUGUAAAAUGAUCACAAUUGUGUUAAAUGCUUUAAAUUUCAGUUUUUGUCUUGAACAAAUUACACCCACAGUAGUUCUACAUGACAGCUUGUACAGCAUUAGUGCUACUCAGCGUUGCUAUGAAUAGAGUCUGAUGAAACGUUUAAAAUAACGAAGAACUGGUUACAUUUAAUUGUUGUAGAUUUGUUCCAAAUUGAUUAAUAAUUCCUAAUAAGCAUCUUCCUCUGCAUUACUGUAUUUGUGCUGCUGUAUAUAAGAUUUAAAGCAAUAUUAUUGUCUUAUUUCCUGUAUUUUGACUAUAGCUACCCUAGGGUUGUGUAUCAGCUACAGUAUUUGGAGUGUUUAGUAUUGUUAAUAAUAAUAUUUUUAUGUGCUUGGGUGGUGCAGCGGUCUUUUAUGCCAGCCUGAUCGGUUAUGGUUGGGGGAAGGGGGGUUUGGGUGGCUGAAGCCCUGCAGUGGAUUGGCGUGAUGGUGAUACUGCCUUGUGCCCAGUGUGUCCUGAUGGAACUGAACCCGGCAUGACCCUGACCAGGAUAAAGCAGUUUAUAAAAAUAAAAUUGCCUCUAAUUUA